CUGACACAAACCGGUUUGACAACCUUUGUCAUAGUCUUCUUCGUUAUCCCCUUCCCGGCCCACUCACCACUCGCUAUCUAACUCCCAAGUCCCAAGUCCCAUCCACCAGAUCAUCAAUCCUUCACCGCCUCCUCUCUCUUCAGAUCCCCUUCCCGUCCGGCGAUUUCUUCCCAUGGCCACCGCCGUUCUCGAAUCCGUCGUCGUCCCUCGCCCCUCUUCUUCUCUUCCCAGACCUUCCUCCUCCUCCUGCCUCCACCACGCCGCUUCUUCUUUUCCAUCUCCAUGCCCCCGAUCCCUCCCUCUCCCUACGGCCAGAGGUCUCAAGCUCGCCUCCCCAGCUCGCUCCUUCCGAUCCCUCACCCCCACUCCACCCCGUCGCUCCUCCAUCGUCUGCGAGGCCCAGCAGGAAACCGCCACCGAAGUCCCGGUAGUUACAGACGGCGACUGGCAGUCGGUGGUCAUCGAGUCGGAAACCCCGGUCCUGGUGGAAUUCUGGGCGCCAUGGUGCGGCCCCUGCCGGAUGAUCCACCCCAUCAUCGACGAGGUGGCUAAGCAGUACGCGGGGAAGCUGAAAUGCUACAAGCUGAACACCGAUGAGAGCCCGUCGGUGGCGACCCAGUACGGGAUCAGGAGCAUCCCGACGGUGAUGAUCUUCAAAGACGGGGAUAAGAAAGAUGCUGUGAUUGGGGCUGUCCCCAAGUCGACCCUGACCACCUCCAUAGAGAAGUUCUUGUAGAGGGUUGUUGGGAGGGAGUAAUGGCAGUAAGUCUGCUGCUAGUAGCUAGCUUAUUUGUGGGUAUUAAGUUUACAAGAACGUGGUUAUCAAUCAGUCUGCAAUAAAGUCUUUUGUUUCACCCGUGUAUAGCAUUCCUCUGUGUAUGCCCAUGUAGCCAUUAUUAGAUAUGAUGAUAUGUUAACUUUCCCACCGUUAGUGUUCUUACCUACUUGAAUGAUCACGCUCUGUUCUUGCGUGUAUUGCAUUUGCUGGUGUGUUAUAAAUUGGGAUGAAGCUUCUCCAUUGCUCAUGUUAUGCAUAUGGGUCGUGAGUUAGGUUGGUUCAGUAAUGCAUAUACUAGACCUCCCAUCUAUAUAGUAAUGCUUAAGGACUUCAUGAAUGGAAGGGGAGUCUUCAUUUCUGAAGAAUUCUACAAGACAAGGAUUUCAUUCUUUCAUUUAAGUUUGUUAUCAAGAACAAGCACUCAAUUCAACACAUUAACCAGUAGCCUAAUAGCAAAAAUAUUAGUAACCGUGGAUAUCCAUCCGAAUCCGACCUGAUCUCGAAUCCAACCUAAUCGGGUAUGGUAAAAAUCCGAAUCCGAAGGACUUUUUUAUGGAUACUAGUAAAACCCAAACCCGAAUAUUGCGGGUAAUGGGUAGGUAUGGUUUUCUCACUAUCCAACCCGAACCCGGCCGAUUAUACACAUGCAUAUGUAUUUUGUAUAUAAAUAAUCAUUAUUUUUCUCUAACAUGUUUUAUAUUUAGCAUAUAAAUAUAAUAUUUUCAU